GGUACGCAAUCCUUCAAGCGAAAUCUUGAACGUGAUUUGCACCCCUCCCAGCGAGAAGAGUAAUGGGAGUCUCAACGGCCAUCAUCACACCCCACGAAGGUCCUCUCAACAUGUAGAUUCCUUCAGCCGUCUAUUUGGAACUCCCGUCAAUAAGAAACCGACACCUAGGCGAGGAUCUCUCAACAAUCAAGAUGUGACCAAUCGCAACCCAGUUACUGGCAGUGGAGUAACUUCUUAUGAUUGUAGGCCAUCUAGUCGCAACAACACUCCAAAGGUUCAUAUAGAAGUGGGAUAUUCACUAGCAGCAAGCGUCUG